AUGCCUGGAGAGCAUAGACGAGACUCUACCGUCGAGGCCGGUUCAGGCACAUGUGGGUUAUAUAAGAGUCCAUCUCUGCGAAAGAUCUUCUCAUCAUGUGCGGAGAUCAUCACUUCACCCCUCCGUACAUGCGCACACUGGUACGGCUACAUAUCAAAACUCAACACGCACUCAAGUCAGCUCGCAAACCCCAUACUCGUUCAAAUCGAAUCCAAGGAAACCAUUGUCGACCGCAAGCUAUCGGUUGAUGAUCGGAAAUUGCUAGUUACAGGAUACGGCACUGUGCCUCCCGAAUCAUGGAUUAUCUUGAUGAUGCCACGUACUCGAUGGAAGCAAGCAUCAAAACCAAGAGACCUCAUUUUCCUCUCGCUAGGCAUUCUUAAGUCUCUUACCAACGCUACAGGAAGUUUGUACAAUGUCGACUAUAGCCAAGACGAACUUACAUCCUUGGCCGCGGUAGCUCGUCAUCUGCUUCUGAGCCUCCCAUAUAUUGUCUUGUUAUCAUUCUGUGCUCGGUCUUGCCAAUGA